AAACAGCAGCUACAAACAGUCAAAGACCGUUUCCAGGCCUUCCUCAAUGGAGAGACUCAGAUUGUGGCUGAUGAAGCCUUCAUGAAUGCUGUUCAGAGUUACUAUGAGGUGUUCCUUAAAAGUGACCGGGUGGCCCGGAUGGUACAGAGUGGCGGGUGCUCAGCCAAUGACUCCAGGGAGGUCUUCAAGAAGCACAUAGAAAAGAGGGUGCGUAGCCUUCCAGAGAUCGACGGCCUCAGCAAGGAGACAGUGUUAAGCUCCUGGAUGGCUAAAUUUGAUGCUAUUUACCGUGGAGAAGAAGACCCCCGGAAGCAACAAGCCAGAAUGACUGCUAGUGCGGCCUCUGAGCUAAUCCUAAGCAAGGAGCAGCUCUAUGAGAUGUUUCAGAAUAUCCUGGGGAUCAAAAAGUUUGAACACCAGCUCCUGUACAAUGCCUGUCAGUUGGACAACCCCGAUGAGCAAGCCGCACAAAUCCGACGGGAGCUGGAUGGACGCCUCCAAAUGGCAGACCAAAUAGCCAGGGAACGCAAGUUUCCCAAAUUCGUGUCCAAAGAAAUGGAGAAUAUGUACAUUGAAGAGUUGAAAUCAUCAGUCAACUUGCUAAUGGCAAACUUGGAAAGUAUGCCGGUAUCGAAAGGAGGUGAAUUCAAGCUUCAGAAACUGAAACGAAGUCAUAACACAUCAAUCAUUGACAUGGGAGAAGAGAAUGAAAACCAACUCUCCAAAUCAGACGUUGUGCUGUCCUUCUCCUUGGAGGUUGUGAUCAUGGAAGUUCAAGGCCUAAAGUCCUUGGCCCCCAAUCGCAUUGUGUAUUGCACCAUGGAGGUAGAAGGAGGAGAAAAACUACAGACAGACCAAGCUGAAGCUUCCAAGCCAACGUGGGGGACACAAGGUGACUUCUCCACGAGCCACGCCCUGCCAGCUGUAAAGGUGAAGCUGUUCACUGAAAGCACAGGUGUCCUGGCCUUGGAGGACAAAGAACUCGGUCGGGUUGUUCUCCGUCCUACCCCUAACAGCCCCAAACAAUCAGAAUGGCAUAAAAUGACAGUUUCCAAAAACUGCCCUGAUCAAGAUCUGAAAAUUAAACUUGCCGUCCGAAUGGAUAAACCCCAAAACAUGAAGCAUUCUGGGUAUUUAUGGGCCAUUGGUAAGAAUGUUUGGAAGAGAUGGAAGAAAAGAUUCUUUGUAUUGGUCCAGGUCAGCCAGUACACAUUUGCCAUGUGCAGUUACCGAGAGAAAAAGGCCGAGCCUCAGGAACUUCUGCAGCUGGAUGGCUACACCGUAGACUACACGGACCCCCAGCCAGGUCUGGAAGGGGGCCGAGCCUUCUUCAAUGCAGUUAAAGAAGGAGACACAGUGAUUUUUGCCAGUGAUGAUGAGCAAGACCGGAUCCUGUGGGUUCAAGCCAUGUACCGGGCCACUGGCCAGUCCCACAAGCCUGUCCCCCCAACUCAAGUUCAAAAGCUAAAUGCCAAGGGAGGAAACGUGCCUCAGCUAGAUGCACCAAUCUCUCAAUUUUAUGCAGAUAGAGCUCAAAAACAUGGCAUGGAUGAAUUUAUCUCUUCCAAUCCCUGUAACUUUGACCACGCUUCCCUCUUUGAGAUGGUGCAGCGCCUAACUUUGGACCACAGACUAAAUGAUUCCUAUUCUUGCCUGGGCUGGUUCAGUCCUGGCCAGGUAUUUGUGCUAGAUGAGUACUGUGCACGAAAUGGAGUCAGAGGCUGUCACAGACAUCUCUGCUACCUCAGUGAUCUCCUUGAACGAGCUGAAAAUGGAGCCAUGAUCGACCCCACGCUGCUUCACUACAGCUUUGCCUUCUGUGCAUCCCACGUUCAUGGGAACAGGCCUGAUGGAAUAGGAACUGUGACAGUUGAAGAAAAAGAACGUUUUGAAGAAAUCAAAGAAAGACUCCGAGUUCUUCUGGAAAAUCAAAUCACACAUUUUAGGUAUUGCUUUCCAUUUGGCCGACCUGAAGGCGCGUUAAAAGCUACACUCUCUCUUUUGGAAAGGGUUUUGAUGAAAGACAUUGUUACCCCAGUGCCACAAGAGGAGGUGAAAAUGGUCAUCCGUAAAUGCUUAGAGCAAGCCGCGUUAGUCAACUAUACUCGUCUCUCAGAGUAUGCCAAAAUUGAAGAAAAUGUAGGCCGCUUAAUCACUCCUGCCAAAAAACUAGAAGACACAAUACGCCUGGCGGAAUUAGUCAUUGAAGUCCUCCAGCAAAAUGAAGAGCAUCAUGCAGAGGCGUUUGCAUGGUGGUCAGACUUAAUGGUGGAGCAUGCUGAGACGUUCCUGGCAUUAUUUGCAGUGGACAUGGAUGCCGCCUUGGAGGUGCAGCCCCCGGAUUCAUGGGACAGCUUCCCACUGUUUCAACUGCUCAAUGACUUCCUCCGUAGUGAUUAUAACUUAUGCAAUGGAAAAUUUCACAAGCACCUGCAGGACCUGUUUGCCCCACUUGUGGUUAGAUAUGUCGAUCUGAUGGAGUCCUCAAUUGCACAGUCAAUUCACAGGGGCUUUGAACGGGAAUCGUGGGAGCCAGUAAAUAAUGGAUCAGGCACCUCUGAAGACCUCUUCUGGAAACUUGAUGCUCUGCAGACUUUCAUUAGGGAUUUGCACUGGCCUGAGGAAGAGUUUGGAAAGCACCUAGAACAACGUCUGAAACUGAUGGCGAGUGAUAUGAUUGAGUCCUGUGUGAAAAGAACCAGGAUUGCAUUUGAAGUUAAGCUGCAAAAAACCAGCCGAUCGACAGAUUUCCGAGUCCCACAGUCAAUAUGCACCAUGUUUAAUGUUAUGGUUGAUGCCAAGGCCCAAUCAACAAAACUUUGCAGUAUGGAAAUGGGCCAAGAGCAUCAAUACCAUUCAAAAAUAGAUGAACUAAUUGAAGAAACUGUUAAAGAAAUGAUAACACUCUUAGUGGCAAAGUUUGUCACAAUCCUGGAAGGCGUGCUGGCCAAAUUAUCCAGAUAUGAUGAAGGAACUUUGUUCUCUUCUUUCCUUUCAUUUACUGUGAAGGCAGCUUCCAAGUAUGUGGACGUCCCUAAGCCUGGGAUGGACGUUGCCGAUGCCUACGUGACAUUUGUCCGCCACUCUCAGGAUGUCCUCCGUGAUAAGGUCAAUGAGGAGAUGUAUAUAGAAAGGUUAUUUGAUCAAUGGUACAACAGUUCCAUGAACGUGAUUUGCACCUGGUUGACAGACCGGAUGGACUUGCAACUUCAUAUUUAUCAACUGAAAACACUUAUUAGGAUGGUAAAGAAAACUUAUAGGGACUUCCGAUUACAAGGGGUACUGGACUCCACCUUAAACAGUAAAACCUACGACACGAUUCGAAACCGACUUACUGUAGAAGAAGCCACGGCCUCAGUGAGCGAAGGCGGGGGUCUUCAGGGAAUCACCAUGAAGGACAGUGAUGAAGAAGACGAAGAAGACGAUUAAAGCAAGCUCCCCGUCCUAGGGGUCCUCUAAGACAUAGCCUUGUAAUCAAUGCAUGCCCCUACUCUCCUAUUCAGUUAUAGCCACAUUAGGGGAAUUUUCCGUCCACUCGAAAUGCCCAUGAGAAGUUUACCAAUAGCUGUGUGGUACCGAGAUUAGCACCUCCAUUGAUUCAUUGGUUCCCUGGGUUCGUAGCUGUAAAUUCAAAGCAAUAUGGAGCACCAUUGUUUAAAAACAGUUCACGGAAAAUACACAGACUGGUAUGUUCCUGUCAUAAGCAGAGUUAAACAAGGCUACCUUCGCAGCCUGUUUCCACACUGAUGGUAAAUUGUGGUAAAGAUGAGUUCCUCAAGUACUGUUCAUCAUGUUUCUCUUUAUGUGGACCCCAACUGCAUAAAAGAAUACCCAAAUAAAAAUGCUUUGGGUUUUUUUUAAACAAAAAGGAAAAAUGAGGCUCCAAUAACUGAGUUUUUUGUGUUCUUCCUUUGGCCCCCAGAAUUUAAGCUAGCCUCUCUUGGGUCCUUGUGAAAUGUAUUUUCAUGUGACCAUACAGUUAGCCACAAAAAGUGAUGUGCCAAUGGAUCAGUCAUUCCAAUGUCCAGCACAGGUUAAGCCCAAGUAAGAGGAGACAACCUUCCCAGCAAGCCCAGGCCCAAGCAAUCACGUUCUACUGACCCAUGCCCUAUCGAGUGGUAACAUUUUGCUUUUUAAAGUUUCAAUAAUCAUAAAUGUAAAAAAAAAAGAGAGAUGAAAUUUAAAUUACAAUCCUAGGCUAUACAAUGUGUUUAUAAUAAGAUAAUGGGUAUUUAUUUCAGUAGAAUGUAACCAUAGUUUAAAUUAUUUUGGUUCACAAUGUUUUUUAUAUGUCAUGUACAUUCCAUUUUGACCAGUCACUGCAUGACCCUGGGGGCCCCUCCAGAAGCUUUUCCUUUCUAUGUAUAGUAGUGAAUCUAUCUUGCUUUUGGCCUUAUACAAAGCCUACAGUUGAAAAGUGUGGUAAACUGUGGCUUCUCAAUAAAUAACUAUUCAGAUGUCCUAAGGAUAAA